UAAUUCAUAUAGGGUUUGUCCUGUAUUAAAACAUUGUCUAUUAGCGCCAUCUUCUGACCACUUCCAUAUUGUUCUCUGUGUAUGUUCAGCCUCCUUUGUUACUCCUCCCUUUUGUGACCUCACUUAUCUACAAGAAGGGGUGUAGUUUCUAGAAGUUGCCAUGUUCCUUCACAUGCUCUGCUGUACAAGAUUAUCUAAACUUCUACUAUAGGCUGCAUAGCCGCAGAUCAUGGGGACAUCACCAAAUUCAACAAUGUCGGGAUAGGCCGUGCGCAUAAUCCCCCAAUGCUUAUUAAUCACAUGACGGAAUUUAUUUAUGAAAGGAUGGUAUUUCACAAUGAAAGCCAUACCAAUUACUAAAAAACAUGAUGCUACCAUUUCAUCUGAAGUGACAAUUUUAUCUCACAUAUCAUCCCAUAUCAUAUCAUAUGAACAUUAUUGUACACAUUCCUGUUCAUUAUAUCUCAGUAAAGAUUGCAUCAGUUCAGCAAACCAGCGCAUCUUUCAUUGGGAUUCGGUUUAUACUUGAUGUUAAGCUGUGUACCUGAAGCAACACGCAGCCGAGACAUUACAGUAAAAAGGCUUUAAAACGUUGUCAGAAGCAGUUAAACAGCUUUAAAUCGUCCUCCGCAGUAAAAGGACUAAUAACUCCUUUCAGCCACGUGGAGUGAAACUAAUUUCUCUCACUCACUACAACACUGAUACUGCCUGUGUCCAGUCAUCAUCAUUAUCCACGCUGCCAGCUAAAUCAAGAUGCAGAACACAGGGAACAGCACUCUGACAGUUAACCCUCAAUGCUCCUAUAAGGAAGAUGGCACACACAGCUUGCCAAGAAUCAAGUCUAGAUACACAACACUGUCCAGAGCAUCCAGUCAAACAAAUCUGACUUCAGCUAGCGCCGAUUCAGCAAGAUCUAAGCGUACUAGUUCUAGACGUUCAGGCAUCACCAGUCUGUCAUCGGCUAGCGACAAAGCGACUAGGGCAAGAGCAAAAGCAGAGGCAGCUUGCGCCAUGGCUUCUUAUGCGGAGCAGGAAGCUGAAUUGAUGAGAGAGCAAGCAAAAAGUGAAUCUGAAGCACUUAAAAAGAAAGCAGAAGUGGAAGCAUCUUUACACUUACUCAAACAGCAGAAAAACGCGGCAGCAGCCUUAGCCGAGGCAGAAGUUUUCACAAGGGCUGCUGAAGCUCAGUUCGAUGGCAUAGAAAACCAGACGUCAUCCCACAGCGCAAUCCAACGCACCCGUGAGUACGUACAGUCACAAGCAACCAUGUACACCGAUCAGCAGUCCAAUGACGCACCUAGGCUUUCAUUGACACCACCAGCAAUAAGCAACUUUGAUACUACGCAACAUUGCAAGACUAAAUCAGAAUCUCAGUGUGGGAAGUCAAGUGGUCGCAUGCUUAGAGACCAAUCUGCCAACCCUCCAAGAGUGCAAACGGAUGCUCGCGUACUCCCUCCUCAAGCAAAUACAAGUCUGGAUUAUAGCAGAAAGACUUACAACAGACGAGAACAACCACCUAAACAAAGUAGAUUCAGACAAGCGCCUCAUCAGCCUUACCAGCCGCAACCAUACCCUGAGUUUACACGUGAGAAGCAUUCGCCAGACGCAACAAGUGCUAUAGAAGUGGCAAAAUUCCUGAUGCACCGUGAGAUAGUGGGCGCUGGUCUCAUGAAAUUCGAUGACCGUCCAGAAAACUACUGGGCCUGGAAAUCAUCUUUCCUGAGCGGUACCCAAAACUUAAACCUGACAGAGAAAGAAAAGCUUGACCAGCUUGUCAGAUGGCUAGGUCCAGAGUCCACUGAGCAAGCCCAAAGGAUCAGAUCAGUACAUGUUCAUGACGCAGCAGCAGGACUUGCAAUGGUGUGGCGGAGACUAGAACAAUGCUAUGGAUCACCUGAAGUGAUCGAGGAUGCUCUUCUGAAAAGGAUAGAAAACUAUCCAAGAAUAACAAAUAAGGAUUACCAAAAGCUGAGAGGUUUGGGAGACCUACUCUUAGAAAUAGAAGCCGCUAAGUCUAGUGGAUAUCUGCCAGGUCUCUCAUAUCUUGAUACAGCACGUGGAGUUGAGCCCAUAAUCGAGAAACUUCCUUACAACUUGCAAGAAAGGUGGGUAGCUCAAGCUUCAAGAUACAAGAAAGAUCAUCAUGUUGCAUUUCCACCAUUCGUCUUCUUCGCUGAAUUCAUAGAAGACCAAGCUGAAAUACGCAAUGACCCAAGCUUUGCUUUCCUGAACAAGAGAACGGCAAGCUUCCCAAAGGUAGAGCAGAAACCUCCAGGGCUUUACAAAGAACGCAGAGCAACAGUUUCUGUAAGGAAGACAGAAGUUCCGCCUGAAUCUGCAGCUAAUCAGGAAGACAACACAAGGAAGAAAGUUGAGGAGUCAGACAAAAUAUGUCCUAUCCACAAUAAGCCUCAUCCACUAAGAAAAUGUCGCAGUUUCAGAAGUAAGACGUUAGAAGAGCGCAAAGCUAAUCUUAAAGACAAUCGCAUUUGUUUCAGAUGCUGCGCUUCAAUUCAGCAUCUUGCAAAAGACUGUACAAAAACAAUACAAUGCACAGAGUGUAACAGUGACAAACACUUGUCAGCACUGCACCCGGGACCACCACCAUGGAAACAAGAAGUUCAAGCAACUCAAGAAGAUCAUGGUGGGGAGCAAGGAGAGAGUAUAACGCCAGCAGUAACCUCAAAGUGCACUGAGAUCUGUACAGAGCAGGGCCGCUCAAGAUCGUGCUCCAAGAUAUGCUUAGUCAAGGUGUAUCCAGCAGGUUUUAGAGAAAAAGCAAUCAAGAUGUACACGGUCAUGGAUGAACAGAGUAACAGAUCUCUGGCAAAAACAGAAUUCUUUGACCUCUUCGGUGACAAAGGAAGUCCAACUCCAUACACCUUGAAGACUUGUUCUGGAGUUGUAGAGACAAUAGGGAGAAGAGCAAAUAACUACAUCAUCGAGUCUUUAGAUGGAAAGACAAAGGUGACUCUACCUACCCUGAUAGAAUGCGAUGAGAUACCAGACGACAGGUCAGAGAUACCCACACCUGAAGUUGCUCGUCAUCACCCUCAUCUGGUGCGAAUAGCAGACCAAAUACCAGCACUAGAUCCAGAUGCUGCAAUCACCCUUCUACUUGGGAGAGAUAUUCUCAGAUUGCACAAAGUCAGAGAACAGUACAAUGGGCCACACAAUGCACCAUUUGCACAACGCCUUGAUCUCGGAUGGGUCAUCGUUGGAGAAGUAUGUCUAGACGGACUGCACAAACCAUCAAAGGUAAAUGUCUACAGAACACAUCUGUUGCAGAAUGGUCGUACAUCUUGUCUUUGCCCAUGUACCAACAGUCUACACAUUAAAGAGAGAUUAGAUAACCCAACACAUCAUCGGAGUAUCCAGAGGUGCAUGGAAGACUUAGCCUCAACUGGAAAUACAGAUGAACUGGGUUGUAAGGUGUUUGAAAGAACACGAGAUGACGACAAGCCAGCACCCUCGGUAGAAGAUACCCUCUUCCUCGAGAUCAUGGACAGAGAAGUCUACAGAGACAAGUCAGGCAGCUGGGUAGCCCCUCUACCCUUCCGGUCACCACGCCAUCGCCUUCCUGUCAACAAGGUACAAGCAGAGAAACGCUUCAGUUUGUUGCAGCGCACUCUACAAAGAAAGCCAGAUAUGAAGAAACACUUCCAAGCCUUCAUGCAAAAGAUUUUUGACAACGAGCAUGCAGAAAGGGCCACCACCACUACAAGAAAACCAAGAACACUGGUACUUACCAAUAUUUGGAGUGUAUCAUCCUCAAAAACCAGGUCAGAUACGUGUAGUAUUUGACUCUAGUGC